GAGCUGCACCGCAGCCCCAGCGCCGGCAGCGCCCCGUGCCUGGCCGCACCGCCGGAGCGGCAGGCGGCAGCGGCGCACCACCCGGGCGCGGUCGGGGGCGCGCUCGGGGCCGUGGAGGCGGGCGGCGUGGAGAGGAUGCCCGACGUGCUCGGGCCCAGGCUCGCGCCGGCCGCGCCGCCCGGGCGCCAGGCCGUGGCGCACCCUCCGAGCGCGCUGCUGGGAGCCGCGGAGGCGAGCGGCCUGGAGAGGAUGCCCGACCUGCUCGGGCCGAGGUGCACGUGCGGGGGCGCCCUCGGCCAAGGCGGCAGGCCGCUCGGGGGCAGGGGCGGGGGCGCCAGCGCGCCCGCCUUCGAGUGCAGGUGCGGGGCGCGUAUGCUCCAGGACCUGGGGCGCGACCUGGCGCAGGACCUGCGCCGCUGCCUGCGCGCCUCGGCCGCCGGCCUCGCGCAGGAGCUGCGCGGGGAGCUCCGGGCCGAGGCCGCGGCGGCGCGCCAGCAGGCCGCAGCGGGUUCGGACUCCAGCAUGAUCGCCGCGGCGGUCAACGAGCUGCGGCGCACGCUGCUCGGCGAGCUCCAGAAGGUCGGCAAGGAGAUGACCAGCCAGACGGAGAGCGUCUGCGCCCGCCUGGAUCUCGAGGGCAUCCAGAAGGAGCUGCGCGGUCUGAGCGCGCGGGUGGACCAGGCCACGGCCCUCGACGGCGUGCGGCAGGAGCUCCACGGCCUGCGGGGGCGUCUGGACUCACAGGCGGACCACACACCGGCGCUGGAGAGCAUCCAGAAGGAGCUCGAGAGUCUGCAUGGGCGCGUGGGCGCACAGGCAGACCACUCGCUGGCGCUGGAGAGCAUCCAGGGUGAGCUCCAGAGCCUGUACGGGCGCGUGGGCGCACACGUGGACUACUCGCCAGCCUUGGAGGGCAUCCGCGAGGAGCUCCUGAGCCUGCACGACCGCGUGGACGGCCAGGCCGACGGCUCGCCGGCGCAGCAGCGCGCCCCGAGGGCGGCCACGCCCGGGGGCGCGGUGCCCCCGCUCGCCCCGGGGGCCGGCGCGGAGCCGCGGGCCCCGGCCGCGCGCAGCCCCAGGGCUGCCUCCCGCAGCCCUCCGCCCGCGCAGGCCGGGCACGUCGGCCACGGCCUCGGCGCCGAGAUCCUGGACGAGCUCCACGGCAUCAGGGGCAGCAUGGAGGCCGAGAUGGCGUCCGUGCGGGCCGCGAUGGAGGCGUCCGAGGCACGGCUGCUGCAGCGGGCGCUGGACGACGCGUCGCCCCUCGGCGCGCCCGACCUCGCCCCCGUGCUGGAGGCCAUCCGGGAGGUCCAGGCGGCCGCGGAGGAGCGGGUCGCGGGAGCGCUCUCCGGCCUGGCGCGCGACUGA